GGACGAACAAUCCACGUCAUCAAACAGGAUUAUUGUUCCGUCUAUUCACACCGAAAGCUGUCGCUCCGAUCUUUAUCCUCUCUCUGCAUGUGCCCAUUUCCCCUCGCUUAAUCCCGUUUAUGAUAAAACAACAUUUGAUCGCGAAUGCUCGCUCAAUUUCGUUUCCUAAUUGCACAAAAAUAAAAUCUUUUCGACAUUUCUGUCGUUUAUUGUUUAAUGGGUUCUUUUGCUGCGCGGUGAGAAUGGGCAGCAAAGUCAAGGGUGCAAUGGCCUCACUCGCAAGGGAAAAUUCGUUUAAAACCAUCUUCAGUAGUAGCAGGAAAUCAGAGGACGAUGACGAAAAUCAAGGGUCUUCAUCGGCGUCUCAGUCGCCUGGCAAAAAAUGGAUUUCAGAGCUUUCUUCACUCGCUAAUGUCGUUGUGGGGCGCUGUGCCAGGAUUCUUCUUCUCUCAACUGAGGAUCUUCAACAACAAUUUGAAACAGAGGCAUCUGACUUCAUAAAACAUCCCUCACGGUAUGCACGGAAUUUUCUAGAGUAUUGCUGUUUCAAAGCACUUGCUGUGGCAACUCAACUCACUGAUCAUGUCAGUGAUAAAGGAUUUCGUCGCCUGACAUUUGAUAUGAUGCUUGCUUGGGAGGCCCCUGCCAUGACAAGUAAGCCCUUGCUGAAGGUUGAUAUUGAGAACUACGUUGGUCCAGAGGCUUUUGAACGAUUAGCUCCUGCAAUUCCAACUGUUGCAGAUGUAAUCACUGCUCACAAUCUUUUUGAUGUACUUACAUCUUCAACUCGAGGUCGGCUUCCUUUCCCCAUCUACGAUAAGUACCUUGCAGGGGUUGAAAAGGCUAUUAAAACAAUGAAAAAUCAGUCUGCGUCCACUAUGCUUUCCAGUCUUCGUCUAGCUAAUGGAGAGAUGAUUAUUGAUGUUGAUGGUACUGUAACUACUCAGCCUGUUCUCCAGCAUGUAGGUGUCUCUGCGUGGCCUGGACGGUUGACAUUGACUGACCAUGCCCUUUAUUUUGAAGCCUUGGGCAUUGUGUCAUAUGAUAAGGCAAAAAAGUAUGAUUUAUCAUCUGAUUUGAAGCAGGUUGUUAAACCUGACUUGACGGGACCAUGGGGUGCACGCUUAUUUGACAAGGCUGUUAUGUAUAAAUCAAUAUCUUUACCUGAACCAGUCGUCAUGGAGUUUCCAGAACUUACAGGACAUUCACGCCGUGACUAUUGGCUGGCCAUUCUUCAAGAGAUUCUGUGUGUGCAUCAGUUCAUUCGAAAGUUUCAUCUUGAAGGUGUUGGACGGGCAGAAGCCAUUUCAAAGUCUGUUUUAGGCAUUUUACGCCUUCGUGCAAUCCGUGAAGCAUUUCAUAUUCUGCCACCUCACCCUGAAAGACUUCUUACAUUUAAUCUAGCAGAGAAACUUCCUGGAGGGGACCUGAUUUUAGAAGCAUUGUCAGAUCUCUUACCCUCAGUGGAUGCACGAAGUCCAAGAAAUAAUGAAGUACAUAUUAGUAAAAAUAUGGAUAAAAGUGGGCUCCAUUCGACCUCGGCUUUGUCCACACUGUCCAGUUUAGGAUUCACCUUUUCAAAGGUCUCUGGUGCAACUGAUGAAACAGGACUUCCUGUUGGUGAAGUUCUUGUUGGCGAGUUGACACCUUUAGAGAGGGCGGUUAUGCAAUCAAGGAGCAGCUUUGAAAAGGUUGAACUAGCACAGGCCACAAUACAAGGAGUGAAAGUAGAGGGCAUUGACACAAAUGCAGCUGUAAUGAAGGAAUUGCUUCUACCUGCAAUAGAGUUUGUCAAAUGGCUUCAGGUUUUGGCAACAUGGGAGGAUCCUCUUAAAUCAGUUAUAUUCUGCACAAUAGUAUGUUACAUAAUCUACAGGGGUUGGAUUUGCUAUGCAUUACCAUGCUUUUUCCUAGCUAUAGCAAUUUUUAUGCUAUGUUCGCAUCAUUUUAGCAAAGGGAAGCCAAUUACUGAGAUUAGGGUCGCUGCUCCUCCAACACAGAAUACUGUAGAGCAGUUGUUGGCUCUGCAACAGGCAGUUUCUCAAGUAGAAGAGCUUGUUCAAGAUGGGAAUAUUAUUCUUCUGAAGAUUCGUGCACUACUGCUUGCUGCUUUUCCUCAGGCAACAGACCGGGCAGCUGUAGUUCUAAUUUUCCUAGCCAUAAUAUUAGCUUUUUUGCCUUCGAAGAUCAUUAUUCUUUUAGUGUUUUUGGAGAUAUUUACAAGACAAAUGCCUUUACGGCAGCCAAGCACUGAGCGUGUCACGAGAAGAUUCAGAGAAUGGUGGUUCAGUAUACCAGCAGCACCUGUUCUUCUUGACAAACCAAAACAAGAAAAAAAGAAAAAGUAAAUAGGAAACUUCUCAUGAAUUUUGUGUAUGAUUUGUCUGUAUAUUUCUCCAAGUCUUCUUUGGCGAGUAAAUAUGUUGUGAAACUGUAAAGAGACUGUCAAAGCGAAAUAGAAAAGCACACUGGUGCGGUAUUUGGACCGCAAUUUUACGUGAUCUCACUUGUAAGAUUUUCUCUAAAUGGGAUGACCACAGAGUUGUUAAGAUUUUGCAAAAGUUUUAGUAAUAUAGCAGCUUCAGAGAAAAAGGAGGAUUAAACACCAUUGAUGCUAACUAACUUCGUGUUCUGGCACCCAACUUACAGUACAGCAAUUUGAACCGAGGGUAGUUCUCUAGUCACCACAAGCCACGAAAAAGUGCUUAUUAUUUCUUGACAUUUUCACAAUUCAUGCCAAAAUAUGGUAAAAGAUAGAACUACCGUAUGACAGAGGAUCUGUUUGUGAAACAGUGGAAGAAUCUCACUCGAAUUGCAUCCAAACUUGCAUAAUUUGUAUUUUGCAUUUGUAAGACCAAAAAGAGAAUAUGUUUAAGAUGAAAAUAUUGUAAUAAAAAGAGGGGACUAAGAAACAUUGCAUACAUUUGUUCGCACGAACCAUAAUCUCUCUGGUAGAGUAACUAUUGUGAUGGAUAAUCUUUAACCAAUUAUUAUUAGCUUUCUCAUUAA